AUGGAAAACAUGAAAUUUAUGGAAAGCUUGCAACUAGUUGCCACACCGAUCUCAAAAACAAAACCCAAAAAGAAAUUGUGUACCAGCAUUAAUCCUCCGGUCAACUUAUCAUCGCCGGUCAAAUCCGUUGUUCUGGAGCAAGGCAUUGCAGAUACCGUACCGACAUCUGAGGCACAGAUUUUCGAACUUGGAACGACUAUUGCUGGGGACCUACCAGUCAAAACAAUCACUGUCCCGACAGUUGAAACCGGUAUGGACAUUCCAGAGGUCCUAAGGGUUGACUCCAAUGCACCCCCAUUUCAGCCAACUUUUGCUGGACAUGAUGUCUCAAUAAUUAAAGUGGUGUUGGACUGCAAUGAAGCUGCCAGCGAAGAAUGCGUUGAUUUUGAAGACAAACCGCUCGAAACCGCUCCAGAUCUCAACGCUGUUCUCGUACUCCAGCAUCGGGUGGCAAUGCUUGAAUCGGAAAUUGGAGCACUUCGGCGAGAUAACGCUAAACUACGAUCGUUAAACAUGCGGCUCCAGGAAACCCUUGUUGAGCGGCCAAAUGGUACAUCAUUUACCGAAAUCCCUGGAUUUCCCGACGCAAAAUGGUUGUUAAGCGUCUCGCAGAAUGCUCAGGACAGCGAUUAUCUCUUUGUCAAGGAGUUAGUUGUUCGUCUAUUUCCCCUUGGUGUAGGGAAUGCCACUGUCUCUGGGCAUCCAUCGAACAACCCAUUUGGACGAGGAAUAAAGAAUGGGCUUGAACCCGACGCUCGAACUAAUGUUGGACGACUGGAUCCAGUCAAAGUAACGUACAUCAGAGACCGUCUCUAUGAAAGAAGAACUAUUCUUCAGGACGAAUUGGGAGUAGCUAUGCAGCGCUCUCGGAAGACUGCAAAGCACAUCGCUGCCGUUAUUAAUAACAAUCCAUCUCUACGCACCUUGCGCCAAGAAUAACCUGCCGGAUCAGAAAUCAUUUAAAUUUUAAUUUGUUUACCAGUCUUUGGAAAUACUGUUUUGUUAAAUGUAUUUCUGGAAUUGUUUUAACCCGUAUGACGUAUGAAUUUAGUUACGUUUUAGUUUGUUUUUGUCCGUUGAGUUGUUGAUUUCCAAUGUAGGUGGUUUCUUCAAAUAAUUUUGAAUAAAUAAAAAAAUGCGAAAAAAAAAUUAAGUUUUGAAUGAAUGAGAAAUUACCAAAUAUGGAUAACUGAAUUAAUUAAUAAAAUAAAUAAAUAAACGAACGGUGUGAUAUCAAAUGUGAACAUCAAAUUAUGAUCUGCAUGUGGCUUCCAAAACUAUCAAAUUUAGCUUUUAAUUAGAUAUAGAAUAGCUAAACGAGAUGUUUUGACAACCGAAAUGAAUUGAUCUUAGUGAGAUAUUAUAAUUACUCAUUAUGAUUUUUAUUUGAUAGUAUGCAUACAUUUUUUUGAUAUUAUUUUUGAUCUUUUAUCUCUUAUGUCAAACAAAUGAAUAGCUGUUUCUGUUCUUCAGUUAUUCACUUUCCAAUAACUAUAUAUGAUGUUCGUGAGUUUUUUCCACCUG